AUGGCCUCGGUCACGGUCAAAGUGACGGCUGGCACGGAGGUGCAGGGGAAGAGCGGGAAGCUGGUCAUGUACCUGCAUGACCAGGCGCUGGCGGACGCCGCGGCCACGGUCACCGCGGAACAUGCGCUGUCCAUGAGCGAUGAGACAGUGACCUUGGACGCGAAUCCUGAGAGUGAGCAGAUUGGGAAGAAGGCCAAGGAUAUGGUGCAGCCAUCCUACUACAUCUGCGUCACGGGUGACGUCAUUGGAGAUCCUCCCUUCAACAGGGUAGCGCAUGGAGAUACAUUGGACUUGAAGCUGAAGCCGAGAGGCUGA